AUGGCAAACCACACAGCUGCAAGCUUGCUGGUGCUAUCCGCCUCCAUGUGCCUUUGGACUAUCGUGGCCACACAAGGCAACGACGAGGCCGUACUUCUCGCCAUAAAGGUCGCGGCGAUCCAUGGUGGCUGCGGAGACGUGCUUGCUUCGUGGAACGGUAGCACAGGCGGUGGCGGAUACUGCAUCUGGGAGGGGGUGAGGUGCCGAGGCAGCAGGCAGCAGCCUCCAGUGGUGGCGCUGAGCCUACCCUCUCGCGGGCUCACCGGCGUCCUCUCCCCGGCGGUUGGUAACCUUUCGUCCCUGAGGUUUCGCAACUUGAGCUCCAACGCCCUCGGCGGGGCCAUCCCUGCGAGCCUCGACCGCCUGCGCCACCUCCAUACGCUUGACCUCAGCAACAACGCCUUCUCCGGUAAGCUCCCCGCCAACCUAAGCUCAUGCACCGGCCUGGUGACCUUGCUCCUCCAGUCCAACCACCUCCGCGGAGACCUACCCGCUGAGCUCGGCAACAAGCUCACACGCCUCAAGACGCUCAAACUGUCUAAAAACAAUCUCACUGGCACCAUACCGGAGUCCCUAGGCAACUUGUCGUCGCUUCGUGUCAUGUCCCUCGGAUUCAACCAGCUACAAGGCACCAUCCCUCGUAGCCUCGGCAACAUCAUAGGCCUCAAGAGCUUUGAUCUCGCCUUCAACUACCUCUCUGGUGAGCCCCCACGCUCUCUGUACAACUUGUCGUCGUUGGAAGCAUUGCAGAUCCAAGGAAACAAGCUCCAUGGAAGCAUCCCUGCCGAAAUUGGCAGCAGCUUUCCCAACAUGUCGAUUCUUAGCUUUUCUUUGAACCAGUUCACGGGGUCCAUCCCCGCUUCACUCACUAACCUCACAACACUCCAGCGAAUCGAACUCUCUCUAAAUAGGCUCCGCGGGCGUGUGCCUCCGGCGCUGGGGAGACUGCAAGGGCAGCUGCCAAGUUCAAUAGGGAAUCUCUCGACGACCCUGCAAAUCCUCCAUUUGGAACACCUCGACGGGAUAUCUGGAAGCAUCCCUUCUGGUAUUGGCAAUCUAGUCAGCCUUGAAGUCCUCGGUUUUGGGUAUACCUCCGUAUCCGGUGUGAUCCCAGAUAGCAUGGGCAAGCUAGGAAACUUGGUUCGGUUAGGUUUGUACGACACUCAAGUGUCAGGCCUCAUACCGACAUCUAUUGGAAACCUCUCGAGGUUGACUGAAUUAUAUGCACAGAAUGCCAACCUGGAGGGUGCAAUUCCAACAAGCUUAGGAAAACUGAAGAAUCUAAUAUCCCUUGAUCUAGCUAAUAACCGUCUGAACAGUUCAAUUCCUACGGAGAUUUUCAAACUGCCACUCCUCUCCAAGUCCUUGGACUUGUCAUCUAAUUCACUGUCAGGCCCUCUUCCUUCUGAAGUCGGUAGCUUAGUGAACCUUAACAACAUGUAUCUAUCUGGAAACCAAUUAUCUGGUGAGUUACCUGACAGCAUUGGGGAGUGCAUCAUGCUACAAAAACUUUCGUUAGAUAAUAACUCAUUAGAGGGACAAAUACCUCAAUCUCUGAAGAAUAUAAAGGAUCUAGUUGCACUCGGCUUGUCCAUGAAUAAGUUGUCCGGUACUAUUCCAGAAGGCAUCGGUACCAUUCGCAACCUUCAACUACUGGAUCUAGCACACAAUAACUUGUCAGGACCGAUCCCAAUAUCGUUGCAGAACUUGACAUCACUGUCAGAAUUAGAUCUGUCCUUCAAUAAUUUACAGGGGGGAGUGCCAAAAGAAGGAAUAUUCAGACUUGUCCAUAACUUUUCAGUCACUGGAAAUAAUGAACUAUGUGGUGGCAUACCUCAGCUUCAUUUACUACCAUGCCACAAGAAUUCUCUGAAAAAAAAACAAGAAAAGGCGAAUGAAAAGCAUAGACAAAGGGUCAAAAGCCCAUUCCAGCCACCAAUAGUUGAGGAACAAUAUGAAAAAGUUUCUUACCAUGCAUUAGAAAAUGGAACCAACGGAUUUUCAGAAACCAAUUUGCUUGGUAAAGGAAGCGUUGGGACAGUCUAUAAAUGCACUUUUCAAGAUGAGGGAACUCUUGCUGCGGUCAAGGUUUUCAACCUUGAGCAAUCUGGAUCUAAUAGAAGUUUUGUGGCUGAAUGUGAAGCGCUGAGAAGGGUGCAUCACCGUUGUCUCAUAAAGAUCAUAACGUGUUGCUCAAGUAUCAAUCACCAAGGCCAAGAGUUCAAGGCUCUGGUUUUUGAGUUCAUGCCAAAUGGUAGCUUAAGUGAUUGGCUUCAUCCAAAAUCUAGCAUGCCCACAGUGACUAAUACUCUCAGCAUUGUACAAAGGCUCAACAUUGCUGUAGAUAUCAUGGAUGGUUUGGAUUAUCUUCACAAUCACUGUCAGCCACCAAUCAUUCAUUGUGAUCUCAAGCCAAGCAACAUCCUUCUUGCAGAAGACAUGAGUGCCCGAGUUGGAGACUUUGGCAUAUCAAGAAUCCUUCCAGAAACUGCAAGCAACACCCUACAAAAUUCAAACCGCACAAUUGGAAUAAGAGGCUCCUCCAUUGGUUAUGUUGCUCCAAGUGACUGA